GGCACUUUCGAACAAUACCCUGUGUACGAGAAGGCGAAGAUGGCCGACCCAGGAAGACAGACUGUUGUUGACGUGGCUUCACAGGAAAAAGGAGACCAGAUAUCAUCUGAUGACUUGCAGUUUCACGACUUCAGUGGUGCCACCCUGAGUGAUGGGGGCGGGGGGUUGCCAGGCGACAGAACCAGCCGGAUGUCCAGUGAUGACGAACCUCUACUGGAUGCAGACUCGGACCAAGCAGAGCUUCUAGGAGGACAGAAGAAGCAGUCACCUUUCUGGACUUUUGAGUAUUACCAGGAUUUCUUCGAUGUGGACACCUAUCAGGUGUUACAUCGUAUCCUGGGCUCAAUGCUCCCCAGACCUGGGAAGAACUUCCUCCUGACACAAGUCCGACCAAACCCUGACAUCUACGGUCCCUUCUGGGUGUGUCUGACACUAGUCUUCACCACGGCCAUCAGUGGGAACCUGGCUAACUACUUCAGUGUGGCCAGCAGUGGGUCGGAGUACCACUGGGUCUAUGACUUCCACAAAGUGACCCUGGCAGCAGCAGCGAUCUUCAGCUAUGCGUGGCUGAUCCCCACGGCUCUGUGGGGCUUCCUGUGGUGGAGAAACUCCCAGCCUCACUUCACCUUCCUGGAGAUCAUCUGUGUCUACGGGUACUCUCUAUCCAUCUAUGUGCCCAUAUCGGUGCUGUGGGCCAUCCCGGUCCCUGCUGUCCAGUGGGCACUGGGGCUGGUGGGCAUGCUGCUGUCUGGGUCUGUUCUAGUGCUAACCUUCUGGCCUGCUGUUAGGGAUGAUGAGAAAAAGGUGACAUAUCUGACCUUGGUUCUAAUCUUCAUUCUACAUGGACUACUGGCAGUGGGCUUUAUGCUGUAUUUCUUCAGUGUCCCGCUCCAGAUGGGUCCUGUCACCCCACAGCCACACAGGACAACCAUUGCUCCAGUAGUACCCACCAGUAAAGCAUAGACAUCACCUAUUUAGUUACAAUUACAUCUCUUCAAUUGGAUAGGAUUUGGAGCUUACAUGUACUUCCAGCCAGACAUUGCAAAUGACAUCCAUCACUCUUAUUUAGCAUCACUAGAAUGAACUGGGAGAACAAGCCAGUACCAGUACAAUCUUGUGGCAUCCUGAGGAUGUGUCCAAAUAUAGACCACCUUGAUUGCUCGGCUUUUUCAAAGAGAGGUAUGGUGUUACAGAUUCUGUACAAAAUAUGGUUGAACAUGAUACCAAGUCUUAUCCACUUGUAGAGAUGGAAUUGUCUGAUGAUAUUGCUUACCUGUAUGUCUAACCUUUAUGAAUAUACUAGUUACCACAGUCUUAACAAGGACAUACAUGUAGCUACAGUAUGGUCUGAUAGAGUUCCUCCAUGGUUUCUGUCUUUCAGUACUAACAAGUACAAAUCCUAGUUCACAAUCUACAGCUUUGCCUGUGGCUGAAUAGUCCAAUUCAUGUGUGACAGUCUCUUUUGCAUAGUUAAGCCACAUUUGUGGGCUAGCUUAGUUUUGUUUGAGUUAUAGUGGCCUUCCCUGUGGAUCCACUUUUCUUCUGUGGCAUGCAUCAGUUGGGCUUCUCCUGGUUUCUGUUGCUUGGUCAGUGUAGCUUAUAGUUGGAAUUAUUGAACUGUUAUGGUAUAUAAAAUGCUUUCAUUGGCCAGGGGCCAAGGCUAAUAGUUAAAGUGCAGCAGCUGCCAGCCAGGUAGAAUUGUCAUGGGGAUGGCACAUGACAGUUGCAAGUACAUUUUGUUCAAAUUUGUAGGUUAUUGGUUUAAGUCUGGUUAUGUUACUCAAAGUUUUCUUUAUGCCAGCAGGCAAAGCAAUGAAACUCAUCUAUGUGUAUAUUCAUUCAUAAACAAACCUGAUGUAAUUAUUUGCAAUGAAUUCUAGAUAAGAGACUGUAGGAAAAGAUUAUCAAUGUAUAGUGAACUAUGGAUAGAGAGGGUAGUAUAGUUUUAUUUAUAAUGCUGGGUCAGUCCUUUUAUAUAUGCUGUUGGGCAAUGAGAAUAAAGACAUCAGGAUAUAAAAUUA